UUACAUCAGGGUCCCCAUCUAAAUCCCCCUUACAACAGGGCCCCUGUCAGAGUCCCCCCUUACAUCAAAGUCCUUAUCAGAGUCUCCCCUUACAUCAGGGUCUCCAUCAGAGUCCUCCUUACAUUUGGGUCCCUAUCAGAGUCUCCCCUUACAUAUGAGUCCCCAUCAGAGUCUCCCCUUACAUCUGGGUCUCCAUCAGUGUCCCAUCAGAGUUGUCCUUACAUCAGGGUCCCCAUCAGCGUCCAUUUUACAUCUGGGACCCCAUCAGAGUCCCUCUUACAUCCGGGUCUCUAUCAGAGUUCUCCUUACAUCCGGGUCCCCAUAAGAGUCCUCCUUACAUCCGGGUCCCCAUCAGAGUCCCCCUUACAUCAGGGUCCCCAUCAGAGUCCCCCCUUAUAUCAG